GCUGGUUUAUGACAUUGGUUGAAGGGUUCAGUUUUUGGUUGAACAGCUGCUGAUUCCAGCGGCCUGCAGUUUUCCGUUACGUGAAAGGCUUCAACAAAUAAUCUAGUCAUGAAAAGUUCUUGGUCUUGGGCGUCGGAAGCAUUUGUGCUGAUAAUUCGAUGCAUUGUUAGCAGCUACACUUUCAUAACGUUGCCAUUGUAUUAUGUCAUCCAGAAACCAUGGAAAGUUAAAGAAAACUACACCAAACUAAGGGCUAAACCUUUGAACCAAGGAGAAGAUGAUUUCAUUGUGUAUAGAAGUGUUACUACGAUCAGUGAUGUCCAUGCCAAGUUUAUACAAGAUAAAGUUGACACAAUGGAAAAGGUGUUUUGUUCAGCAGUCAGUCAGCACAGGAAUAAACCUGCAUUGGGAACAAGAGUCAUACUAUCAGAAGAGGAUGAAUUGCAACCUGAUGGGAAAAUCUUUAAAAAGUUUCUUUUGGGUGGUUUUCAAUGGCGCACCUAUACUCAAAUGAAUACUGAAGCAGAAAACUUUGGACGUGGAUUGAGAGAGUUGGGUUUGAAACCAUUUGAGAAUGUUGUGAUCUUUGCAGAAACAAGAGCUGAAUGGCUUAUAGCUGCUAUUGGGUGCAUGAAACAAAAUAUGCCAAUUGUAACUCUAUAUGCAUCUUUGGGUGAUGAUGCACUGAUCCAUGGCAUCAAUGAAACAGAUGUAUCAUGCAUUGUCACUUCUCAACAACUACUUGAGAAAUUCAAAAAUAUCCUACCAAGCACCACUAAUGUUAACUUACUGAUUGUGAUGGAAGAUGCCCUCAAACCUUUAGAAUUGGAAGGUUACGGAACUACGGUCAGAUUACGCUCCUACCAGGAAGUGAUCCGUCUUGGUGAUGACGCGGGCAAAAAGGGGUUGUUCUCGGGUGCGUUUCAUUUACCAAAGCCUGGAGACACGGCUAUCAUAAUGUAUACAAGCGGAUCCACAGGUGCGCCAAAGGGAGUCAUUAUGAGUCAUCAGAAUAUAGUCAAUGCUAUGCUGAGUUAUACUGACGUAGGUCCUCUGUACAAAAAUGACGUGUACAUGGCAUUCCUCCCACUAGCUCAUGUAUUGGAGUUCAUUUCAGAAAGCAUAUGGAUGUUGUUUGGAAUUCCAAUUGGCUAUUCGACUCCACUUACAAUGACAGAUAAGUCUAGCAAAAUUAAACGAGGCAGUCAGGGGGAUGCAUCUGUUCUCCGCCCUACAAUCAUCGCUUGCGUACCCCUCGUUCUUGAUCGUAUCCAAAAAAAGAUCAAAGAGAAAAUAGAAGGAGGUCCUGCCUUUAAAAGGGCAAUCUUCAACUUGGCGAUGGAGUACAAAAAUGAAUGGAUUUGUCACGGCUAUAAUACUCCAAUACUUAAUGCGACCCUGUUUAAACCCAUUCGAGCAUUCCUCGGAGGUCGCAUUAGGUUCGUGUUGUCUGGUGGAGCUCCUUUGGCACCCGAAACGCACAAAUUUAUGAAAAUGACCCUUUGCUGUCCUGUCUUACAAGGGUACGGUCUGACGGAAACAUGCGCCGCAACUACCCUCAUGGAUUUCGAUGACAACUCAUGGGGUACAACCGGAGGACCAUUAACAUGUUGUGACAUCAAGCUAGUUUCGUGGGUGGAAGGAGAUUACAGAAUCAAAGAUUGGCCCAAUCCGCGUGGAGAGAUUCAUAUUGGUGGAUCGAACGUUGCAGUUGGGUAUUUUAAACAGCCCGAGAAAACAUUAAAGGCGUUUUAUGAAGAGAACGGAAGACGUUGGUUCCGUACUGGUGACAUUGGUGAAUUUACACAAGAAGGAUUUCUCAAAGUUAUUGAUCGUCAAAAAGAUCUAGUCAAGCUACAGCAUGGGGAAUACGUUUCCCUGGGUAAGGUGGAAUCCGAAUUGAAGAUAAAUUCAUUGGUCGACAAUAUCUGCAUUUAUGCAGACCCUACAAAGAUGUUCCCUGUUGCAUUGUUGGUACCAAAUUUUGAUCAACUGAAGAAUCUAGCCGAGAAAAGUGGAAUUGAAUUGGAAACCAUUGAAGAUGUAAGCAAUCAUCCACGAAGACAACAGAUGGAACAGCUAGUUCUAAAAGAAUUACAAAAACACGCAGUGAAAUGUCGACUUCAAAAAUUUGAAGUACCACAAGCUCUAACACUUCUUUCUGAUAUUUGGACGCCGGAUACGGGCCUUGUGACGGCUGCUUUCAAAUUGAAGCGAAAAAACAUCCAAGACCAUUACCAAUUUCUGAUCAAUCGGAUGUAUUCCUAGACAAUGCUGUAGAUUAGCGGCACCGCCAUCAUUCCUUUAACAUUUCCUAAUUUAAAAUGCAGACGCUGCCAAUCUUCACUUUGCCAAGCUUUAAAAUUCUGUUCAAAUCAGAAACCCCAUUCCUAUUUUGAUCACUUUUUAAUAAUCAAUAUUUAUUGCUUCGUAUUUAUUAUUUAGGAAAAAGGUUACGAACUCCGUAGAACAA